AUGCUCCAGACAUCAGCCACCAUUGGGGCAGAGGCCGCCCUCCGUGGUGUGUCCACUUCCACCGACAGCGGCCGGCCUGAUGACUCGCUGGCGCGGGGCUCCGUGCUGGAGGACCGGUCGACCGGCCUACGCAAGCGGCCUCCGACCGACGCGCGCUCUGCCCCCGCCCUGCCGGUGGCCGGCGACCUGAGCGAUGAUGACGCCCCGGCAUCGGGCCAUGACCAUGGCCAUGGUCCCGCCGGCGGUGAUCACGACGACGACCUGGCGCACGCCUCCACGGCGCCGGUGUCCUGCGACAAUUCCGACAGCGAGAUCUCCCCCAUUGAGGGGGGGCCCUUUUUCCAAAAUGACACGGCCGCCACCGCGGCCGCCCGACUGGCCUCUCGGCGGCGCAACUCCCUGGCCAGCCUGGCCCCGGGGUUGGUGCCCGUGAUGCCGAUUCUCACCGGCGCCCGGGCGCCGCUGUGCUGCCCGCCCGAUGAGGACCCGGACGCGGCUCGGCACCACCAUGCCGACCGGCCGCGCCAUCGGUUCCCCCUGCUGGCCAUCGACGAGUCGGAUUCGGUGGAUCCGCUUCCCCUGGCCGAGCAGCGCCGGGUGUUGGGCUGCUGCGAUGGCAGUCCCGGCAACUCCUGCUGCGGCCCGGAGGCCGCGGCCGCGGCCCUGGCCGCCGAUGAGGCCGCCGCCGAUGCCGGUGUCGACGAGUACGACUCCGAUGACUUCUACAACAUGGACAUCGAGGAGAGCAGCUCCUCCCCUGCCAAGGGCGCGUCUGCUUGCAGCCCGAUGCCGCUGCGCGUCCUGCCUGCCUCGGCGCGCUUCGACGUGUCCAAGAUCCGCGGCGAGUAUCGCGGUCCGCUGCUGGAGAACCACCGGAUCCUCUUUGACAUUGAGCAGGUUCCCGGGUAUCUGGCCUGCAAUCCUUUCAUCCUGACCGGCUACCGUUGGAGGUACACCUUCUCGGCCUGCCUGCGCAGCGCUUUCACCCUACACAAUGAGACCAUCAACAUCUGGAGCCAUCUGCUGGCCGUGCCGGUGGUGUGGUACAUGUUCUUCGAUCGGCUGUUCAAUGUCAUGCUCCCGCUGCAGGCCAGUUGGGUGGAUAUCAGUGUGCAGGUUCUCUAUUUGAUUGGCAUCACGGAUGUCUUCCUCUGGCGAAUUGUCAUCUUCCUCUGCCUGCUGACAAUUGGCGGGGUUUUCUUCGUGAGCUACUUCCCGGAGCGCUGUUGCCCUGGGACGUUCGACAUUUUCGGCGCCAGCCACCAGUUGUGGCACAUCGCCAUUGUCUUUGCCCUCUCAUGGUGGCAGUACGUCGGCGUUGAGUGGUUCCGGUUCCAUGCCCUCCGGGCAGCGGCUGCCGGCGCGGCGACCGUGGCCGUCUCUGCUGCUGCCACGACGGGCUCCCCCUUCGUGGUUUGAAGGGGCAGGCGUUUCUCAUCGUCAUGGCCUCAUCAACUCCGCCUCUUCUCCAUCCCCCUGUCCUUGUCCAUUGAGAGAGAAAUCGCCCUUGUCCGCCGGCCGGUCUUGGAGUCCCGAUACCCUCCCCCCCCCCUCUUGUCUUUUCCUCCACAUAGAGUCUCCCCUUGCCUUC